CCCAUCCACUCCUACACUCAGUGGGAUUUUUUUGUCUACUUCCACCCCACGGGUUAUGCUCCUGGAGACGAGAUCCAGCAUUAGCCAGCGUACCAGGCCUUGAAGGGAAAGAGCCGAAAACAAUUCUCCGACGCCAUUCCACUUGGUAGAUUCAAAAGCCUCGUCGGCUCGGGGCGGAGUCGCGGAUCAUCUCUUUCUCUCUCAUUCUCUCGCUGGAAACCAUGUUGUCCGCCAGCAAGCUCAAAUCGGUCGAUUUCUACAGGAAAAUACCUAGAGACUUGACGGAGGCAUCACUUUCAGGUGCUGGAUUAUCUAUCAUUGCAGCACUUUCUAUGAUGUUUUUAUUUGGAAUGGAGCUGAAUGAUUACCUGACAGUGAGCACAUCUACAUCAAUAAUUGUUGAUAAAAGUACAGAUGGGGAGUUCUUGCGCAUCGAUUUUAAUAUAAGUUUUCCUGCACUCUCAUGUGAAUUUGCAUCAGUUGAUGUGAGUGAUGUAUUGGGAACAAACAGGUUGAAUAUUACAAAAACCGUUCGCAAAUUUUCAAUAGAUCCCAAUUUAAUACCAACCGGAUCUGAAUACCACCCAGGACCUAUCCCAAAAGUGAAUAGACAUGGAGAUGAUACUGAAGAAGAAUAUGGUGAAGGUUCAAUUUCUAUAACUGCUGACAAUUUCGAGAAAUUUGCACAUCGGUAUUCCAUUUUGGUUGUCAAUUUUUAUGCACCUUGGUGUUAUUGGAGCAAUCGCUUGAAACCAUCAUGGGAGAGGACUGCUAAAAUAAUGAGAGAAAGAUAUGAUCCGGAAAUGGAUGGGCGAAUUCUCUUGGGAAAGGUUGAUUGUACUGAAGAAGGUGGAUUGUGCAGGAGGCAUCAUAUCCAGGGUUACCCAUCUAUUCGCAUUUUCCGCAGAGGGAGUGAUAUUAGGUUCCAGGAAACCUUGUCAUCUCAGCUCACUCAGGAGCACAUUCAUUUGAUCCAUCCCAAAUAAACGUGUCGCAUGUCAUUUCGCAGUUUUCAUUUGGUAAGAAGCUCUCCCCAAGGAUGGUGUCUGAACUGAAGAGGUUGACACCAUAUCUUGGUGCAAGCCAUGAUCGGUUAACAGGUCAAUCAUACAUAACCAAUCAUGCUGAUGAUGUUAAUGCAAAUGUUACUAUUGAGCAUUACCUUCAAAUAGUAAAGACUGAGAUAGUAUCACGGAAGUCCUCUCAGGAAUUUAAAUUGUUAGAGGAGUACGAGUAUACGUCCCACAGUAGUUUGGUGCACAGUUUGCAUAUUCCGGUUGCCAAAUUCCAUUUUGAACCAUCUCCCAUGCAGGUCUUGGUAACUGAAGUUCCAAAAUCCUUCUCACACUUCAUUACAAAUGUUUGUGCUAUCAUUGGAGGCAUUUUCACGGUUGCUGGAAUACUGGAUUCCAUCCUGCACAAUACAAUCCGGCUUGUGAGAAAGGUUGAAUUAGGAAAACAUUUGUGAUGGGGAAAGGUGCAUUUUUGAUUGUAGGGGUCCAAAAUUUUGCCCAUUCCCCUAGUUAGCAAUUCUAUUUUAUUGUUUUUACUCAGCAGAUGAAUCUUAUUGUCACAGAAACAGAAACAUUGACCACUGUAAUUGAAACCUUGCAAAUGCAUAUAUAGAAAAUAUUGUUUCCCAGAA